GUGCCUAGUCUGAUCGCUGUCGUCGUCUCGCAGAGUGUCUGACGUCUAUCACCCGUGUGCUCUUUUUUAUUAUUUCCACUAAAAGAUUACAAUUUAUCUCCUCACCUCCCAUCCUUUCCCGGAACCCUAAUAUCUGUUGGUGGUGCCGCACAUUAUCAACAAGUUGCUCUGGAUAUCUGCUGGUGCGUGAGCUCGUGUGAACCAUCUAUGCCGUAUCGGUAGACUCGCAAUUCGUUUCUUAGCCUCGGGAAAAAUAUCUUCCUUUUUCCUUCUCGGGUUGUUUUUUGCGUGUUAGGCUUUCCGAGUGUAAUCAGUGUUUCAGUGUUGUUCGGGGACCAAUUUCCGGUGGAAGCGCCUAAAGUGGAUUGCAACUGGAUACGACCCUAAUACGGCAGGAUAAAUCUCGGCCAACGCUGGUGGCCCAAGCUGCUCCGAAUACCGUGUGGAUGAUACAAUGAAUAAGAUAUGGGUUGCCUUCGCAGUGUUUGGCGCAAUAUCAAUUUUGCCUACGAACUGCCGGAUUGUGAAACGAAGCUAUUCGGAUCAGAGCGUACACGGAUACCUGACAGAGAGAACAUGUUGGUGGAACGAAGUCUGUAAGGAAGAAUUCCAACAACUGUUUCGCUGUAGAUGCCCCCAGUGGUCCUACUGCAGAUCACCGGGAAGGUACUACAACGCAUACUGCUCCAUGACCAACACCGGCUACAUAUGGACACAACCUACCUGGGACUGGGAUACUGCCUGAAGCACACCGAACUGCUUAGCUUGCAUGGUUUUAUGUAGGGAUGCUGUUGGAAAGUUACAAAUUGAACACAGCCUGUUCCAGUUCGUUUCGCCGUAGCGAUUGAGUUCCUUCGUUUUACACAGUGGAUAAAUUUAGAACCGUACCACACCCGCAGCGACCAAAUAGUUAAAAUGACAACCACACUCUUAGAGACCAAAUAUUUUAUAUAGAUUUAUAGGAUAGACAUAGGACAUGGGUAUUAGACCAUAGGCUAGUGCUUUAUACACCAAAAAAGGUUUUUGCUUUUUUGUUCAACACAAAGGGACUCAAAUUGGACGCAAGUCGUAGGUUGUUCGAGACUCGGCAGAAGUUUAAGAGUUUUUCAAGCAAAACUAUAUCACACUGCAAAUUCGUCAUAUCAGCCGUUACACGAAUAUUUGAUUACUAUACGUUUUUAACCAACGAUUCCGUUCAACGAAUAUAUCUCGGAUUAAAAUCUGGCUAUCAACGAAAAAGUUUACAAUCAGUUAAGUGACGAAUUAUUUCAGAAUGCUGCAACAUAAUCUGAAUUCGAAUGAUGGAUGACGAGGGGAAGCAAUUGCCGAAAAUGUUUUAUUGUCAGUAACUAGAGAAGAUAUGUUCAACGAUGUAGAUAGAAGGAGGACAAGUUUUUUCUCCAUUUUUGAAGUUCAAUGCAUACAGCAAAAACCAAAAUUCGAUAACAACAGCAGUUGUGCGUGAAACGCAUUAUACGAGACAUGCAAGCGAUCAUUUUCUAUGAUUGAUAUUACAGAUUAAGCACAAUACAAAGAAAAUAAUUAUUCACAGCCAUGUAGGAAGAUAAAAGCUCAGCUUAAAGCUGGACCGUUGAACAACGGCAAUGUGUAUUAAUAAACUUGAAGAAUUUCCAAUACUUUCAA